CCAUUGUUGUCGCUUCGUCAGCAGCGGGAGCUCCAGCGGCGGCAGAGACGCUACAAGAUGGAGGACGUUUUCCAGCCCAGAGUCCUGCUGCGCACUGCAGAUGUUAAAAAAGAGGCUGAUAUGAACCAGCAGGAGGCGCUGCGCCUCCAGAUAAAGGAGGAAGAGGAAGAACUCUGUGUGAGUCAUGAAGGAGAGCAGCUCAGAGUGAAGCAGGAGACAGACGGCAGGUUUCCAUCUACUGCAGCUCCCAUCAGCAGUAAGGAUGUUAAAGAAGAGCCUCCAGAAGAACAGAGUCCUGAUGUGGAUCCUUUCAAAGUAAAAGAGGAAAAUAAUCAAAUGUGCUGCCGUCAGGAAGACGAGCUGUUCAGAGUGAAGGAGGAGCCUGAUUAUUCCAGGCUCCCAUUAAAUAUUGUUUAUGUAAAUAGUGAGGAUGAUGAAGAGAAACCAGUGAUGUCUCAGCUUCAUCAGCAGCAGACAGGAAAUGGAGAUCUUCCAACCAGCAGCUCAGGCGACCAGAUAAAAGCAGAAAUUGAAGUGGAGAUCAGUGGAGCAGCAGAGUCCAGCAGGAACCCAGAUCCAAAUACUGCUGGAGGAACUUUGAGCCAAUCAGAGACUGAAGAGGAGGAGGAGGAUGAAGAGGAUGAAGAUGAUGUGAACCAGCAGAGUAAAACAUUGUCAGAGUCUGAGACUGAAGACAUUCAUCAAAAAUCACAUUUGGACAUACUUGGAAACAUUCCUGUUGGUGACGAACCUUUUGGUUGUGAUUUUUGUGGGAAAAGAUUUUCCUUAAAGUCUUCUUUAAACAAUCACGUAAAAAUCCACACAGGGGAGAAAUCAUGUGAUUUCUGUGGAAAAACUUUUAACUCAAGUUCAGACUUAAAGAAACACAUGAGAGUUCACACAGGAGAGAAACCUUUUUGUUGCGAGGAUUGUGGAAAAAGAUUUUCCCUAAGUGCAUCUUUAAACAGACACAUGAGAAUUCACACAGGAGAAAAAACAUUUGCUUGUGAUGUUUGUGGGAAAAGAUUUACCUUAAGCUCAUAUUUGGAAAAACACAUGAGAAUCCACACACAAGAAAAACUCUUUGGUUGUAAUGAUUGUGGAGAAACAUUUUCCUUACAGCUAUGUUUAAAGAGACACAUGAGGAUCCACACAGGAGAGAAACCGUUUGGUUGUGAUGUUUGUGGUAAAAGAUUUAACUUAAAGUCUAAUUUAAACGUACACAUGAGAGUUCACACGGGACAGAAACCCUUCGGUUGUGAUGAAUGUGGUUUAAAAUUUAGCACAAAUUCUAAUUUAAAGGAACACAUGAGAAUCCACAAGGAUGAAAAAGCCUUUGCUUGUGAUGAAUGUGGAAAAAGAUUUAACGUAAAGUCUAGUUUAAAGAGACACAUGAAAAGCCACAAAGGUGAACGACCUUUUAGUUGUGAUAUCUGUGGGAAAAGACUCGCCUUGAAGUCCAGCUUAAAGAGACACAUGAAGAUCCACAUGGAAGACCAACCUUAUUUGUUUGUGGGAAAAGAUCCACCUUAAAGUCAUCUUUGAACAAUCUCCUGAAUGACCAGAGGUGAAAACCUUCAGGUUGUGAUGGCUGUGGAAUCCAACAGGAGGAACUGGAAGACUCUGAAAGUUGCUUUUAAGUAGAAAUGCUACAAUUUAUUUUUAGUUGUGAUGUUUGUGGAAAAAGAUUUUCCUCAAAAUCAAAUUUAAAGAUAAAUGUGAACAUUGGGUUUGGGGAUUUAUUCUAUCAUUUCUGUGAUAAAUUUCUUAGUAUAAGAAUUUAUUGUUGUUAUAGUAAAUCCCAAUUAAUGUUUAAAACUCUCCAAACCGUCUGUAUUGUUGGUUUUACUAUUUUCUCCUGUUUGUUGAAUGAAAGUAUCAAUAAAUAUUGUUUGGAUU